UUUACGUCCACCUUUCCUCCUGUUUAGAAGAAUGGCGAGAGAUUACGCAGUGAGCUGUCCGGUCUCUCCGGUGAGAAACCCUUGGCUGGUGGCGGCAGCGAUCCUCCUCGCAGCCCAAGGUGUCGUGGCUCAGAAAGUGCGAGUCGAGGAGGAGCUGGAGGCGUAUCCCACGGAGUCUGUUGAUCUCCGCUGCCAGUUCAUCGAUGGAGGAGGCCGAACCAAACUCACACAGGUGUCUUGGAUUUGGGAACCCAUUGAUGGUCAGAGGGACAACAUUGCUGUGUAUCACCCCAUCUAUGGACAGAGUUUCCCUAACUUGUCCUUCAAGGGCCGAGUUGUCUUCCUCCACAACAGUCUAGAGAACCCGUCCAUCAGGAUUUCUAACCUAAGAAUGUCCGAUGCCGGUCGUUAUACCUGCGAGUACGCCACCUACCCUUCGGGAAACGAACAAGGGACGACUACCCUCAUCAUGCUUGCCAAGCCUAAGAACUCAGCCAACGUUGUGACUGUCCAGGCCGGCUCCAAGUCGGUGGUGGUGGCCCAGUGUGAGGCAGCGGAUGGCAAACCGGCAGCGACCAUCAAGUGGCUGGCGUCGGUUGGAGGCAACCACUCGACCAGCGCCACAAACGGGCCGGACGGCACGGUGACAGUGCGCAGCGAGUAUCGGCUCGUCCCCACGCCGGCAGAUGACGGCAAGGAGGUGACCUGCAUGGUGGACCAGAGGACACAGGAACGACCGUGGGUUUACCCUGUCAAGCUCUCCGUGGAAUAUCCCCCCUCCGUGUCCAUAGAGGGCUACGACAACAACUGGUACGUCGGCCGUUCGGACGCCGUGCUCCUCUGCCUCGCCAACGCCAACCCUGCCCCUACCGCCAUCACCUGGACCGCGGCAUCCGGUUCUUUGCCAGACACGGUGAUGGUGGACGGCAACAAGCUGACCGUGAGGAAGGUGGAUGACGCCGUCAACACCACUUUCAUCUGCGAGGUCAAGAACAAGCACGGGGCCAGCAGGCAUCAGAUCACCACCAUCGUCAUCGAGGAGAAGAGAGAAUUCACUUCGGCCCCAUCGACUGGCGCAGUAAUCGGUGGGAUCCUCGGCGCCCUCAUCUUCAUCGGCCUCAUCGUUGGCGUCGUCUUCUUCAUCCGCAAGCGCCGAGAGGAAGGAGAGGCCCCCCCCAAGCACAAGCCCCCUCCCCCCGUGAAGGCAGGCAGCUCAACGGAGAUGCUGAACAAGCCGUCAGACUCCCACACGGCCUUGGAGACGGCACCUCUCAGCCGGGGAGAGGUUUACUACGAGCCCACGGGGGGAGAGCCUGUCACGAACCUGGAUGAUGAGACCACCGGAGCGCUGAACGGCGGCGCCCCCCCGGUCCUGGACGACACAGUCAAAUACGACAACGUCAACGAACUCAAAGAGCACGCCGCCGACGGCCACCAUGGCAACGACUUGGAUUCAUCCAAUCACGACGCGCCAACUGCCAACAUCUCUCACGGCGAGAGCUUCGUGUCUUCCGCCAUGUAUGUGUAGCCAUGGCGAACGUAACACCACAUCAUGGGCGUACGGGCAAGUUCCAGGUCACCUAAAUUUGCAUGGAAAGCAAAGGCGAGCUCACUUGUUUCCACACAACAAAUUCUAUCUAUUGUACAUGAAACAUUUUUUAAAAUUAACUUUUAACCCACAUAGCGGUGAUGUUUGCAUCUAAGUUUAUUUUUCUUUAUGAGGCACAUUCAGGGGGGUGUCAGGGGCUGCGUUCAAAACAGAUUUUUAGCAGUGUCUUAAUUUCUUGUGAAGCCACUUGUGAUGACUGAGGAAUGUCAGCAAGGAUAACAAGUUCUUUUUUAAAAAAAUAUUCUCAUUAUAUUUCAAAUGUCUGCUGAAGAAAAGCAAAAAUAAAGUAGAUGAGUGCACAUACACACGCUCACACUCAUGAUGUCUGACAAGCCAUUGAAAGCAUGUGUGUACUGCACAUGAUGAGGCGGGCUUUAACAAUAUGUUAAUUACAUGGUUGAGAGGGGUUGCAAUGUAGGUGAACUGGAACACUCGCCUCAGCUAAUUAACACACAGCACUCUGCCUGUUGUGAUGCUUGCAAUUAUAAAUUGUCACCAAAAGAAAAAAAAGAAAAGAAAAAAAAAGACAACAACAUUAUCAGUGGAUUCCAUAUGAAAUAUUUUAUGCAACGUUUUGUGCCAUGAACACACAACAAAAUUAUCCUUACGUGUGAAGCUGCCAGUCCGUCUGUUUACAGCCGUGGAAAGUGAUUUGAACUUCUUUUCUUCUCCAAGUAAGCGUUAAACGUCGGUCUCCCCUCGCAGCCUUGUGCUACAGAGAAAUUAAGAAUACCAUCUUUGAAACCAUUUCAAAGUCCUCCUCUUCUUCUUCCACGGUUGGUUGGGUUUGAAUUACGCACAGCUGAAUUCGGUCCCUGGGAUUCCAAAGCCUGAUCAUCUGGCCCUCUGGGCAGCUUCAAUUAAUCGCCCAAGAUGUUUGAAAGUAUUUCAGUUAUGUAUCGACUCCGACAAAAACAGCCUUCCCCAUUCUUCCCCAGGCUGCCGUCUAAUAAAGAAACAUUCCACUUUAUUAUGUUGUCCAAGGGCCUCGUCCGCCCCUGGACCGCAGCAGGCAUCAGAGGCGCUCGUUAGCACUAACAGAGAGGAAGUGACAUCAUUCUGAAGCUCCAUAACCCGUCGACAUUACAUGAUUAACAUUCCACGAUUCAUAUUUGCUGUUGUUAAUUGCAAGAAUUGGUGAGGCUGUGUUGUUCGGGAGAUGAGACUCUGUUUACAGCAAAGCACACACGCGCACACACUCGCACACACACACACACGUGCCACAGGGUUCUUACAUGUGCACACACACACACACACACACACAUAAAAGCACCAAUGUUUGUAUUCAGUCCUCCUCUAAUAAAUCACCCUAUUAAGGCUGUUUAAUGCAUUGCAAGGAAUGUAUUUUGAGAGCAUGAACAUGUUCAGCACAUAUUAGAGAAAUACUGCCAUUAUGGCCAUUUUGACGGAUUAAAAUGGUCAAACAACUGUGGUAUAUGCAGAACAUCUUGCAUAUGUAGAAACAGCAGCAACAAAGAUGAUGAUCAACUAUGCCUGGCUGAAUCAAAAAUUGGUCUUCAGAGAUGUCAGAUGGUACCAAAUGAUCAACAAGCAGUGUAAAUAGUAUUGAUAAUAUUGAUGAAUAAUAUAUUGUUGGUGAAAUGUGUACACAUAAAAAACAAACAAGUGUAGGUGUUAUCGGUGCCUCUGUACAGGGGAUGGAAGUUUGUUAAAUGUCAAAUUGAGCAAUUUAAAAAAAAAGUGUAUAUUAUUAUUUUACUUUUCAAGGGUACAUUGAGGUUGUUACUUAAUACUAAAAUGUUUUAUUUGAAUAUUUCAAAAAAAGAAAAAAAGGUGUGGAUUUUACUCCUUGUUCAUAUUAACUCUGCAUGGCAUGAUCGGUGGCUUGUUGAAACACUUUCCCAAGGCUGUUUGCUGGAUAAUCUUCUCCAUUUGUUAAAACACUCUUGAAUGUCAAAAAAGGGAGCUGUUUUGUUUUGGGUUUGUUGUUUUUUUGUUUGUUUGUUUGUUUGUUUUAAAUCACCGUCUCAGUGCAUCACCGCCACGCGCACGAGCACAAGCCCAGUUUAAGUUGAGAGAGCGGGAUUUUCUUUUUCUUUGUUUGUCAUGUGCCGACUCGGCGGGCUGCCUGUUUUUGUCUUUAGCGCUGAUCCGAAAAUUUGCUCGGCGUGGAAUCGUCAUUCGUCUCUCGCGGCCACAGCAGUGCAAUACACACAGAGGUGCAAUGUUUCCCUCUCCUCUCUAAUCUUGAGCCCCUGCGAGGCGCACAAACCCUCCUGGGUUAAAACGCUGACGGUUGGACGGUUGGACGGCGGGCUGUGGCGGACCGCGCCACAGAAGCACACAGUCAGGUGGUGGAUAUACUGCAGACUUGUAAACACUUUGCAAACAGGUUUGAAAGUUGGUAGAGCUGGCGAGCUAAAGAUUUAAGCAGCAGGAGAGGCACAUAAAGGGAGAAGUGAAGCCUGAUGAGAUGUUCAUAUGCACAGGAAGGACCACAACAACAAACCUUUCAUUUCUCAUCACCGCUUUCACGUUCUGUGAGGUCGGCGCCAAAUGCAAUGUUUUUUGUUCUUCUGACGUAUGACAAUCAUCUGUUGAUAUUUGACCACCAUGAGCUUUGCUGGAGAGGGUUUUUAUCUUUAUUUGUACCACUUUUUGCUGCAUGCUGACUGAAAUACUGCUGCACAUUUGGUCCCUCCUGAAAGGAGACUUUAAAAAGAUUUUAAAACAACUACGUCACCACUUGUUGUUUUGCCUUUUUUAUUUGAUUUAUCAUAAUAUGAUGAACUCAUGAUGUUAGUGUAGCUGCGAUAUUUGGUUUGGUCUGUAAUAUUCAAAAGAAUGAAUCUGCGGUAUAAGUUCAGGACGGCUGCAGGAUGAAAAAUGACUUCUACAAUAGCUAAUGGUUUCCUUUGUGUGUCUGCUUUUCAUGUCUGAGAUGUUUAUUUUGAUUAAAGAGACUGUCUGCAUGCUGCAUGGACCUAUGGGAUAAAAGCUAUUUCCUUGUUUUACAAGAAGAGUCGGACCACCGUGACGAGUGUAUUACGGCUUUUUGACUCGCUUAUGUGGUGCAGUGUCAGACAAUCACGUAUGGUGUGUUUAAUAGCCCUGCCACAGAAAGAAAAAAACUGUCCUAAAGGGGAAUUAAAUGUGAUGGUUUCGUCCUCUUGUCUGUAAGUUAAUUUCCUAAAAUGAAUGAAUAUUUAGUUUUCUGCGGAUUAAUAUGUUUGCCAGCAGGUCACUGUUGAUGGAUUGAGCGAAAGGGAAAAAGACAAUCAUUGGGGUCCAUUAUAUCAGAGACCAAUGACUCAGCAGGCGUGUGGGAUUGAGUUUCAGCUCUGCCGUCUCAUUUGGAGGAUCAUUCGGUUUUACCCACAGCCUUACUUUUAAUAGAGUUGCUUCAUUCUGAGAUAUCUUCAAAUCUUGACACCACCAGGAAUUCGGUCCUGAAUCUGCCAGCUAGAACGGAAAUUGCAAAGAAACGUUAGGCCACACACAGCUGACAGGCGGCUUUUGACCAAAAGCAUGGGUCAACAGUUCGAAGAGGGUAAAUGUGGGAGAAGUACAAUGAUUUCAGAUGGAUUAGCUGUUCAAUCAAGACUCUGGUCCCUCUCUUCUGAGAAAGCUGCAGCAUUGCAUUUCGGCCAAGGUGCUUCGCUCCACCUCCCCGCUACCCCCUCUUCACAGAUUCAACGCCAGAGGCCACAAGCUGCGACUGUCGGCGGAGACGCUCUUGGAGUUGAAUCCGUUUGCCCUCUCUUUCUUUUUAUUUUGCCCCCCCCGUUCUCUCUCAUUCAUCCAUUGUCAUCACAGCUUUUCAUCACAGAGCCAGACGUGCCUUCCUUAAGUUAUUUUUAGCUUUUCAAUUCUCACACUUCUUGUCUGACAAUAGAACAGAUGAUGAGAGUGGGGGGGAGCACACAAACAUGGGAUGGUUUGACUAUGAUGAUGGCAAUGCUUAAAAAAACACACUGGAGAUGUAAUCAAAUUUUUGUGGGUGUUUAUUGAUUUUCUUUCGUUUAUCUUGUUUAUCACAGGUCACUUAUCAUUUUGUAUGCUUUUUGGGAAACCUAUAUUGUACCUGUUUUACAGAUCAUUGUCUUGUCAAAUAAAAUGUAAACCAAAAGGACAA